AUGUCAUUGUGCCGCCUAAGGAAAAGACUAACGGCGGUCAAACCCCGGAAAAAAAAAUUCAUCAAGUUGAAAUUCGAGAAAGAAUACAAAGAGAAAAUAAUAAAUUCCUACUUGCCAUUGAUCAUUAAAAAAGCUAAGGAACUUGAAAACAAGAAAAAAUUCGUAAAGCUUCAUAACCUACAAGGCUACUGCAACGGUUAUGAUAAGAAGCGAUCAGUAAAUCUCGAUCAUCCAUCAACCUUUGAUACAUUAGCUAUGGAUCCGAUUAUGAAAAAGAACAUCAUUGACGAUUUGGAUUUGUUUUUAAAAAGGAAGGAUUUUUACAAGAAAGUAGGGAAGGCGUGGAAGAGAGGUUAUCUACUGUAUGGUCCGCCGGGAACUGGUAAAUCGAGUUUGAUUGCUGCCAUGGCGAAUUACCUGAAGUUUGAUAUAUAUGAUCUACAGUUGAAUAAUGUUGUGAGUGAUUCUUGUUUGAAGAAAAUGAUGUUAAACACAUCGAAUCGAUCCAUUAUUGUGAUCGAAGAUAUUGAUUGUAGCAAACAAACGCAUGAUCGGAAGAGAACAAGCUCUUCCUCCUGCACAUCUCCUGUUCAACCUAAACGUUUUUCCCAGUUUUCUUUAUCGGGACUUUUAAACUUCAUAGAUGGGUUAUGGUCAUGUUGUGGGGAUGAACGUAUCAUAAUCUUUACAACGAACCAAAAAAGAAGACACGAUCCAACAUUGCUUCGACCAGGAAGGAUGGAUGUGCACAUUCACAUGUCGUAUUUGACCAUUGAUGGGUUCAAAACACUAGCGGCUAACUAUCUCAACAUUCUUGACCACCAUUGGAGAUUUACUGAGAUCGAAGAUUUACUCAGUGGCACCAAGGUUACACCCGUGGAGGUGGCGGAGGAACUCAUGAAAUCUGAUGAUCAAGAGGUUGUGUUGGAAGGAGUUGUCAAGUUUUUGCAACGGAAGAAGACAGAAGAGGAUGCAGCGAAGGAGCGAAUUAAUAAGGGUAAAGAUGCGCAGUUCUUGAAGUUGAAGAAAAGAAGAAAAAAAAUUGAUGCAGAGAAGGAAAAAAUUGAAUCGAGUGGAUAG